AUGACUAUCCAUACUUCCACAUUGAGGAUAAGGUGGAGAUGUAAAGGAGUAUUGAUAGACCCCCAACUCAUAUUACAAAUGUGAGGAAGGGCCAUGGGGUAAAUUUUAAUUUAUGGGGAGGCUUUUGACAAUGGUCUAAGAGAGAACAUAAGUGAGGGGGGAUGGUAGAGAUGAAAAAGGGGAAUUAAGACAUUUUAUGGUUAGUGGAGAAUGGUGGUGGCCCUUUCAAAUGGUCACCAUCUAGGGUUCUAACUAGAACCCACUACUUUCUCCUCUUUCUGAUCUUUGUUCUCCUAAUUGUCAUUAAAUCCAUCUCUACUCUAUUCUAUGUCUAGUCUAAUGCUCUAUCAAAAUUCUAUCAAAAAAUGUGAAAUAAAUCUGAUCGUUGUAAUUGAUCAAAUUAUGUAAGCAAUUAUAAAUGAUUUAAUUGAUCAAAUUAAGAUUUGUAAAAGAUGAAAGAAUCAUAAUGAAAUGAAGUAUAUGUUGGUAAAUUUAAAAUCAACAAAUUAUCACUAAAUGAAAUGGAAAUUAAGUUGAAAGUAGGAAAAUAGAGUUUUAGUGUCGCGACAACGAUGCGUCGGCGAUGCACCGGAAUCCUAAGCAUUUGGGAGGAUCGUCACGUAGUGUCUACAGCCUUGAAGGCUCUCCUUGGACAAAGACGACAUGAGCAAUCUUUAGAUCUUCUCGUGAAGUCUAGAGAUUAAUCAAAAGGGUCGUUGAGCCGUCUCCAAUGGUUGUCACCUGGCAGAGCUGAAAAACAACAACUUUGCAGCUCUUCGACGACUAUCACCUGAUGGAGAGGAGCUGGAUGGAGGUGGGGCGUGUGUUAGGGAGCUUCAUCCUCAGGUCCACGUAGUAAGAGGAGGCUCUUCAUCGCACCUGGUACACUCUCAAGAGGUGGCGAUUCGUCUCCUAGCAGAUCGUCCUCUUCCUAACAAUAGCUUGUUCGUUGAUCAAUCAGAGAUGAUUUACUUGAUGGAUUCACGAUCUUUUUAUUGCAAAUCAUUCAGUAAUUUUAGCUGAUGAUUCAAUGAUUCUCGUUGCUUAAUCCUUCACCGACGAUCUGUAGGAAAGUCAAGAUAAUCAGAUACAAAUAUAUGAAUUUUGACUCUAGAAGGAUUCAAACCCGCACCGAUCGCCCGCCUCUUAUGAGGAAGGUGUGACGCGGGUUUAGUCCCACAUCAAUUGUGUGCCGAUUUUUCAAGUGAAUAUAUAGUAAUGUUAGCUUUAUAAGCAAAGUCACUUUUCUUGCGUGUACGACCACUCCUUGCCCCACAGCUAGCUGGCCAUUGGUGACGUGGAAGGGGAGUGGUGCACACGUGUCCCUAUCGGUCCAAGCCAAGCCGCUCGAACCCCUACUCGUGGCUACUCCCUGAUUGCGCUUCCAACCCACUUGUGGGCCUGGUUGGUCAAUAGGUCCCCCUAUUUUGCAAUAUUUUUAUUUUUUAUUUCUUGUUCUUCAUUUAUCUCAAAAGUAAGAUUGUAAAAAUUGUAUAAAAUCACAUAAUUACCCAAAAAUUCACGUUAAUCAACUAAAAACCACUUUUCACAUUUUAACACAAAUAUAAGUCUAUUUAUCAUGAGUUAAGGCUAAAACUAUAUUAUUUAAUAAUCAUUAACUCAUGAUAAUAAAGACUUAUCAGGGAGGGUGUCGGUGGGGGGGAGAGAGAGAGGGUGAGGGUAUGUGGUGAUGGCAAGAGAGAGAGAAGAAAGAGAAAAAGAAGAGAAGAGGGUUUCGUGACAAGAAGAUGGCCAAAAGGGGGUCUAGUGGCAAUGGUAGGCUGGCGAUAGGGUGAACAACGAGGAGGCGGAAUAGGAAGGUUUGCGAUAGUGAGGAGAUGAAGUGGUGGGAUGACGACAAUAGGGUAGCUAGUGAAAAGGAGAGAGAAAAUGAGGGUUUCAUUCUCUUAGGUGAUCCCACUAAUAGGUCUUUGUUAUCAUGAGUUAAUAAUUAGUAAAUAAUAUAGUUUUAGCCUUAACUCAUGAUAAAUAAACUUAUAUUUGUGUUAAAGUGUGAAAAAUAGUUUUCAGUUGAUUAACAUGAAUUUUUAGCUAAUUAUGUGAUUUUAUAUGAAUUUAUAUGAUUUUUAUAAUCUUAUUUUUGAGAUAAAUAAAAAAAGAAAUAAAAAUAAAAAAAUAGUAAAAUGGGAGGUACCCGCCAGCCAGCCAGGUCCACAAACAGGUCACAAGUAGAGGCUUGAGUGGCUAGGACUGAUGGAGGCACGUGUGUGCCAUUUUUCUUCCACAUUACUAGUGGCCAGCUGGCUGUGGGGCAAAGAAUGGUCGUACAUGCAAGAGUUGCUUGCAAAUAUAAUAUUACUAUAUAUUUGUCCGAAACUUCAGCGCACAAGUGAUGUGGGACUAAACCCGCGCCACACCUUCUUUAGGAAGGUUUAUUUCAAUCUCUCUCAUGUAGGUGGAUAAUCGGCACAGGUUUGAAUCUUCUUAGAGCCAAAACUCAUAUUUUUUAUAUGAUUAUCGUGACUUUCCUAUAGAUCGUUGGUGAAGGAUUAAGUUGUCAAAAUUGUUAGAUCAUCAACGAAAAUCUCGUCAUCGCGAUUCGUAGAGUAUUGUUACUAAAAUUACUUAAUGAUUUGCAAUAAAAAGAUAACAGAUUCAUCAAGUAAAGCAUCUCUGAUUGAUCGACAAACAAGUCGUCAUCGGGAAGAGGAUGAUCUGUUGGGAGACAAGUCGCCACCUCUUGAGAGCAUACCAGAUGCGAUGAAGAACCUCCUCUUACUGUGUAGACUUGAGGAUGAAGAUCCCUGA